AUGAAAAACAAUGAAGAGUGGGAAAAGGAGAAGAUCUACGAUCGCCAGCUGCGGCUAUGGGGAGUGAAGGCACAAAACCGAAUGAUGAAGUCUAACGUGCUAAUCCUUGGGUUAAGCGGUAUCAACAUAGAAAUAUGCAAAAAUUUAAUCCUUAAUGGAAUUAACAUAACGAUAAUUGAUGACAAUAUAGUGAAUGAAGAAAUGGUGGAGAAUAUUUUUUUUCUGAACGAAUCGGACAUAAAUAAUUAUGCAUGUGUCGCUAUUUUUAAAGAAUUGAAAAGUAUAAAUAAGAUGAUAAAUAUGAAGGCAUACAUUGGGCGAAUGGAUACUUCAAAUGACAGCAUAAUUAUUGACAGCGAAUUGGUGCAGAAGGAAAGUGGGGAAAUAAGUAAUACAACGAUGGGAGAAACAAUCAGCGUGGAGGAAUACAUAAACACGUACACCUCUGUUUCCGUCUCUUGUGAAGAUUAUCCUUUAUACAAAUUAGUGAAGAUGAACCAAUUUUGUCACGAGAAAAAUAUUGGCUUCUUUGCUGCAAUGUGUAAUGGGAAGUUCGCUUUUUUGUUCUCCGAUUUUGGCAAUCAUGUAAUUGAGGAAUCGUAUUAUAAGGCGAAGGAAGGGCAAAAGAAGGGUGAGGCAGGUGCGGACAAAGCGGAGGACCUACAGAAGAAGGAUGAAACAGGUGCCAACAAAGCGGGGAUCCAAAUACAAUAUUGCAAAUUGUCCCACUUUCUCAAAGUACCAUUUGAAAACUUUGACAAAAAAACAAACAAAAUUAUUUUCCUGAUGUUUGCGCUAAUCCUAUUCGAACAAAAUAAGCAGUUGAAUAAAGACGAUAAAUCGAUUGACGAACAAGAAUUUUAUACUUUUUAUGAUCAAUUUAGCCUCUCAAAGUGCAAGGAAAGUCUCGGCGAAAUAACCAGGACUUAUAGGGUUGCCUUUUCGCCAUCCUGCUCCAUCAUGGGCGGUGUAACUUCGCAAGAAAUUCGGAAAUUCGUGUCCAAGCAGCACGAGUCCAUCCCCAACUUCUGCGUUUUCGACAUGAACCAGAACGUCGUCUGCACGUCGAUGAUUUCUUGA